UCAGGCACUUAUGGGCAAGCUUCACUUGAGGGAAACAUUUGGGGUCCUUUACGUUCACGUGCGCGUCGUGGAAAGCAACCAUGCCUAAGUCGAAGAGGGACAAGAAAAUUUCUUUGACUAAAACAGCUAAGAAGGGACUCGAAUCCAAACAGAAACUAAUAGAAGAGUUACGGAAAUGUGUCGACACCUACAAAUAUUUGUUCAUCUUCUCCGUGGCUAACGUGAGGAAUAAUAAACUGAAAGACAUCAGGACAGCCUGGAAACACAGCAGAUUCUUUUUUGGAAAAAACAAAGUCAUGAUAAUUGCCAUUGGGAAAGGACAAACUGAUGAAUACAGGGACAAUUUAUGUCAGGUCAGCAAGCAUCUACGAGGCGAAGUGGGAGUACUUUUCACUAAUAAAACCAAGGAGGAGGUGCAAGAGUAUUUCAAUCAUCACAAAGAGAUGGAUUAUGCACGGUCAGGUAAUGUGGCUCAGAUGGACGUAAAUCUGGAUGAGGGUCCGUUGGAGCACUUUACGCACUCAAUGGAGCCUCAGCUGAGGCAACUGGGCCUCCCCACUGCGCUCAAGAAGGGUGUGGUGACACUACUGAAGGACCACACAGUCUGCAAGCAUGGCGAUAUCCUUACCCCUGAACAGGCGCGUAUUCUGAAAUUGUUGGGUAUUGAGAUGGCAGAGUUCCGAGUGACGAUCAAAUGCAUGUGGAGCUCAGAAACAGGCGCGUUUGAGAUGUUUGAGAGCGAGGAAGAGCCCAAGCAGGACAUCGAGGACAACAAAAGCGAAGAAGACGAGCAGGAGGAGGAUGGAGAUUGAAAGGAGAUUGUGCAGGUUUUUUUUUCUUCAUAUUUUUUUUUUCUUUUUUUAAAUAUCAUAUCAGGAUUUCGGAAUCAUCUGGGCCAUAGUGUUGUUUUCAUCCACAAAACAUGUACACACAUACUUCAACUUAACUUUUUAGGUCUGGACUAAAAUAUUCUCAAAAUAAGAUUUUUUUUGUUUUUGAGUUAUGGUUCGUAUUUCAAAUGCCAACUACACAUUUUUUUAAAUUAAAAAUCAUAAAAAUUAAGUGUCUUGGAGACUCUGGGAUACCAGCAGUGAUAUUGCUGUACAGUAUUUAUGAGUGUUGAAGAACUUUACUUUUAAAACAAGCUGCGCCUAGUACUGAUCGUUUUUAUUGUAGAUUAAUUUUUAUGGAUAACAAAAAACAUCAUUUUGUUCUUAUAAAUUGUUAGGUAUCGACAUGGCAUAGUUCUGAGAGACAAGAGCGCGUUUGAGAUCUUAGAAGGCGAGGAGGAAGGAAAGUGAAAGAUGUACGGGUUUUUUUUGUUUCUUCAUCUUGUUUUUAUUUGUAUACUUCACAUCAGGAUUUUGAAAUAAUCUGGACAUGUUUUAUUGCCAUCCCAAAACAUGUACUUGCAUCUUCUACCUUGACCUUUUAGCUCAGGACUGAAAUAUGGCACAAAGAAGUACUGGUUUGCACGGAGAAAUGCUUCACAUUAUACACGCCAACUGCACUAUCUUUCAUUACAAAUCAGAUGAAAUAUGAAAAUGAAAUGUCAUCCGUUUUAGAAAACUAAA